AUGUUGCCGACAACAUCUCUUGCUCCGCCACCGCGCCGCCGCCAUUCCAUUGUCUGUUACGUUAUCCUCGUCAUACUAACCCUAAUCAUUAUCGCUGCUGUAGGGUUUCUCAUUACCUGGUUUGUUACUAAACCCAAGAAACUUCAUUACAAUCUCGUAAAUGCAUCGGUCCAAAAAUUUAACUUCACCGAUGACAAUCACAUGUCCGGUACGUUCAAAUUCACCAUCCUAUUGCAGAACCCUAACCACAGAAUCUCGGUCUACUACAAUUCGGUCGAGAUAUUCGUGAAAUUCAAGGACCAGACACUUGCGUUCGACACGGUCGAGCCAUUCCACCAACCGGGGAUGAACGUUACGCAGAUAGAUGACACUUUGGUCGCACAGAACGUAGCGGUUUCGAAAUCUGAUGCUAAAGAUUUAAGGGCUCAAACUUCUUUGGGAAAUAUUGAUCUUCCAGUGUAUGUUAAUGCGAGGGUUAGGUUCAAAGUCGGGAUAUGGAAAUCAGCACGUCGCACGGCUAAGAUUGAGUGUUCACAUGUCACGGUCUCUUUGUCGCAGUCAUACAAAUCCACAAAUAGUUCAUGUGAUGCUGAUAUUUAA